AUGGCCAAGCACACCAUGACCCAGCCUCCAGUGAAAGGCCAGUACCUACAGGUUGGUGUAGGAUACCGUCCCGAGAACGAGGCAACAAGCUACAAGGCACCGGUAUUUCCUGAACAGGAAAGAGAAGGUAAAUACUGGGCAUUGUGGCGUCCAGUCGAUACAGGUUUGGUCCCUGAUGGCGACGGCUUAUAG